AUGGAGUUACUGCAGGAGUUUGUGGAUGAAUGGAUGCAGCAUGUCUGUAGAGUAAGGGAAAGCUUGCUGGCAGAUGAAAAAGGAAGCACGAAGAAUGAAACGAGGAAUGUGAGCAAAUUGAGCGCGGAAGAAGAUAUAAGUAUAGAUGAGAAAGAGAACAGAGCAGAAGACAGCGAAUGUGGAGGAGAGGCCCGUGGGAUGUUUGGCAGGGAGAAUCUGGCUGCUAGCUGCAUUCCUGUGAUUAAGAGCAAGGCACAUGGUGGGCCUGAUGUAUGUGGUAAAAAGAAAAGCAAGUCCGCAGAAGAACGGUGGAAUAUUGAGAAUUUGCAGGCGAGGAGUAUUGGAGAGGAUGCGAGCAGGUUUGGAUAUAACGAUGGAGUGGAGAGUGAGAUGAAUAAAGACGGUAGGGAGUAUGGAAGCUCGAAACUCAGAAAGCCAUCUGCCAGCGGAUAUGUGGCUGAGCUGAAGGGCAUGAGCGCUAACUGUGCCGAGAGUAAUAAAAGAGCAGCUGAGAAUAACAGAGGUGAAGUGAGGCAUGAAGUAGCCAAGGAGAAAGAAGUGAGUGAUGGAGGGGAGAAUGUGAAGCUCAAUGCAGCUCUACAGCUGAUGAAAAAGAGGUAUAUGAACAAGGUGAAUGAGUCGAUCUGCAUAGCCAAGGGGGAUGAGUUCAAAGAGGAGCAGGCGAUGUGUGCUGGCAUCGCUGUUCCAAAUGCUUUGAGCAAAUAUGAAGUGGUAGAGAGAGAGGAUGGCAAGAAAAGAGAUGUGAAAGGAUUGAGUGGGAGUAAUCUGUAUAAGAAGGUGAUUGACAGUCAACUUCUUAAGUCAGUGCCUGGAAAGGAGAAGUAUGGAGACAGGAAAUCCAAGACAUACAUUCCAAAGGUUGGCGACGAUGAUGUGAUUGCGGAUCUGAAUUUUGUGGUUCCUGAGUUUGCAAAGGAUCCAGCAAUAAACUUCAAGGUGAAGAUGCAGGACCAUGGAGUCCUCGAAAGGUAUUUUUCGAAUGGGCAUGAGGUUGAUAUUGAGGUAUUGUUUCCACACGUGAAGAAUGUGUCGAAUGACAGUCCUAACAAGUGGCCAUCGCAAAGAAGUGGCCGAUGA